AUGCGGUCAUCCAUUCAUAUCGUCCUCGCCGUUCUAGAGUGCCUGGCAGUAUCCAGCCUAGCCCAGACACCCGCUGGUUCGCCGCCUCCCGCUGUAUUUUCGCCCCAACCCACCAAGGCACUCUGGUCGCCAGAGGAACUCUUGGCCUAUCUCAAAUCGAAAACAGACGACCCAUGGCCUACCAGCUGUCCCGUGAGCCAGUGCAACGAGAUGACAGACGACUGCGGUCAUCACUGGGGCGAGUAA